AUGGCCGCGGAUGGAAAGCGCACCAGCGGCUUGCAAGCCGCCGCAAUCUGCGCUGUCCUGAUGACACUGCGACUGCUGCUGGCCCGCGCCGCCGCCCAGACGUGCUACGCGGGGGUCCUCUCCACGCCCAGCACCAACUUUGAUGUCCAGUUCUCCUCCAAGGUCCUCAACACCACCCUCAGCUACAUCAAGAGGCCCAAGACACUGUACAACCGGUUCUGCUUCAACGUGACGGCGGCGAGCCCCUGCAACUCGACCGCGCUGUGCUGCAAGACCAGCGCCAUCACCAGGCUCAGCACCGUGUCUAUCGCCAUCGUGCCGGCUUGCAUCGUGAAGGGGCUGACCAGCAACUUCUCUCUCUCCUUUGCUGAUGGCACCAACGCCAAGUCGGCGUUUGGGUUCAAGAUUAACAAGGCCAGCAGGAAAGUGGUUGCUAAUGUCAGGAUCGCGCCCAAGACCUCGACAUCAAAGGCGCUUGGCAGCACGGUCGUCUGCAUCAACCUGCCAGCCGCCGCCGGCCUCUGCAACACAAUCGGCUCGCUUUGCGGUGGCAACACGUGCAACGUGAACGUGACCACCUCCAAGUUCAAGCCGGCCAGCCUCACCAAGCCCAAGUCGCUGCCGUGCUGCCUCACCGGCAACGUCAACAUCCAGCAAGCCUCCAACCUCGUUGCCUCGGGCCUGGCAAUCACUGGCAACGCCGGCCCGCCCGCCACCCUGCUGCCGGGCCAGACAGCCACCGCCAGGUUCGUAGUUACCAAUGCAGGCAGCAGCGCCUCGCCUGCGACCACCUACGCGCUCUGGGCAAACAAGGCCAGCGUCGCCGCCUGCAACGACGCCGGCCCCUCCACCAUCGCCGCGGUGCCCGCGCUCGCGGCAGGCGCCGCGACGACGAUCACAGCUGUCGUAGCGCUCCCGGGCACCGUGGGCGCCUACACGCUCCAGCUGAUCGUGGACUACACCUGCAGCGUGGCCGAGUCCAGCGAGGCCGACAACACCGCCUCCCAAGCCUACCAGCUGGUCGUCCCCGCCGGCCAGCUGCCGGAUCUGAUGAUCACCAACAUCCUGACCAACCCCAGCCUCACCGGGCUCCUCCCCGCGGGCCAGCUGGUCAACCUCACCUUUGACGUGGUCAACCAAGGCACCGCCGCGUCCCUGCCCGGUCUUUACACCAUCUUCAACAACCUGCUCGGCCUGCCGCUGUGCGGCGCGCUCGGCACUGUGUCCGGGGCACUGGGGGCGCUCGCGCCGGGCGCGAGCCAGACGAUCAACGUGCCGGCCUUGCCGCUCACCAGAAUCCCUGGGCUCAAUACUCUCCAGAUUGUGGCGGACUCGAACUGCUCCAGCAUCGAGGCCGAUAAGACAAACAACGUCGUGGCGCUGCCCAACAACAUCAACAACCCCGCUGGUCUGCUGCCGAAACUGGUUAUCUCCAAAAUCCUGGCCAGCCCCAGCCUUGCGGGGCUCCUCCCGCUGGGCCAGCUAGUCAACCUCACCUUUGACGUGGUCAACUCGGGCACCGCCGCUUCUCUCGCCACCGUGUACACCAUCUUUGACGACCUGCUUGGCCUGCCGGUGUGUGGGGUGGCCGGCGCCGUCACUGGCGCGUUGGGGCCGAUUGCGGCGGGUGCGACCCAGGCUGUCAAUGUGCCCAACUUCCCGCUCGCCGUGGUGGUCGGCGCAAAGACGCUGGGGAUCGUGGCGGACGCGAGCUGCACCAACUCCGCCAACGGGUCGUCGAACAGCUUUGCGGCGCUCCCCUACAUCAUCAGCGGUGUUGAUUUUGUGCUCACCAGCCUGUCUCUUGUGCCGGGCACACCUCCCUUGGGGCUCCUGUCACCGUUUGCCAUCAAAAUGACGAUCACCAACGUGAGCGCGUGGCCGGAGCUCAUGUGA